CCAGAUGUUGGCUGUCCGAUCGACCGGUUGUACCGCGAAUGUGGGAAGGACGACAGCUGCCCCUACAGUUGCGCCCACCUCACCCAGCAGGUGGAGUGCUUCCCGGAUGAGUGUGAGGAAGGGUGUCACUGCCCGCUGGGCACCUACUUCCACAACGGAUCCUGCAUCACGGAUUGUCCAUGUGUGGUGACGGAAGAGAUUCUACGGGGACUGAGGAAUGCCACGCCUGGUGCCACACCCCAUCCACCUUCGCAGGUCACCCUCCAUGGAGCUGAGCUCAUUCCGGGAGAAGAGGUGACUUCGGGAGACCAGAUCCACCACGGCUGCAGCUCCUGCACGUGUGAGAACGGCCACAUGGAGUGCGCAUUUUCCGCUUGUCCUCAGGAUGGAGGCUUCACCUUGUGGUCUCCCUGGAGCCCCUGUUCUGUCUCCUGCGGAGGCCUGGGCAAUAUGACGAGGUCACGGGACUGCUCGAACCCUCCACCAGCCAAUGGGGGCAAAGAAUGUGAGGGCCCCAGUGUGGACAUUAAAUACUGCCAGGCACCGGACUGUGAGGACGUCACCCCAGGGUCCCCGGAGCCCCCCACUGACAUGGCUGGCCCAGCAGAUGAGGAGUUUGGCCCCUGGUCCCCAUGGACUCCCUGUUCCAAGAGCUGUUCAGACCGCCAUUUCCCUGCGGUGAAGACGCGGUCUCGGUUCUGUCCCUCUGGAAGGAAUUGCAGUGGAGAGUCCUUCCAGGAGAACGUCUGCAAUCUCCCGCAGUGUACAGGUCCUGACUCUCCGCCAUGUGUCGAUGAGGAGUGUCAGCAGCGGAACUGUUCUUGGAACCCCUGGUCAGAGUGGAGUGAGUGUUCCCGAUCCUGCGGGGUGGGACAACAGAGACGUCUUCGUACUUACAACCCGCCUGGUGAGAAGGGAGUGUGGUGUGACGACAUCCUGACCGGGAACACGGAGAGGAGAUUCUGCAACCUGCAGGCGUGUAUAGUAAAUGGCAGCUGGUCCAAGUGGAGUCCAUGGUCCUGGUGUGACCGGACAUGCGGUGGAGGAAGAUCAGUUAGAAGCCGGACCUGUACAAGUCCACCACCAAAAAAUGGAGGAAAUGAGUGUCCUGGUGAGAAGUACCAAGUGAGGAUCUGCAACCCAAAACCCUGCGGUGAG